AUGGAUUCAAGAAAUAAUUAUACGCAGUCCUCUAGCUACGUAGGACUGCUUUACAGUCAACAAGGUAGUAGUGUUCAACAUGAAAACUUUCCUUAUGUUAACAAGUUCUGCGGCGCUUACGCCACAGCAGAGAGGCAAAUUAGCAGUGGUGAGAGUGACACUGAUGUUCUCAAGAGGGCUCAUGACAUCUUCUACUCUGAUCACAUAACCAAGUUCAGCCUCGAGCAUGCGUGGUGUGUGUUGAGGUAUGAACAGAAAUGGCUCAACCUCAACACUCCAAAAGCGAGCUCAAAGAGGAAAAAUGGUGAAACAACAGCUGAAACGUCAACCACCGAGAAUGGUGAUCAUGAGACCCGGCCUGAAGGUAUCAAGGCUGCUAAAUCGAAAAGGAACACUGCUCAAGGGAAGUCUGUUGCUGAGUAUACCUCUCUUUGGAAAAUGAAGAAGGAGGAUUUGGCCAUGAAGGAGAGACUGUCUAAGUUGGCUAUACUAGAUACUCUCCUCGCCAAGUCAGAGCCAUUAACUGAGGCAAAAGAAAUUGUGAAGAAUAAGCUCUUAGCUGCGUACUUCUGA